CAUGAAUGUGUGGAUGUGCUGCAUGGCUUUGCCCAUCAACGAACUCAUGCAUGUCGGUCAUUGUGAUCUGAUCAUCAACAUCCAUCCAUCGUCAGCCUUUCGUCAGUCGACCUUAUUGUUGUUUCUCCCACCCCACCACCACGAUGGCCUGCUCCCUCGCGGCCUUCGCGCGCCACACAGUGUCCAUCCCAUGGAAGGGACUGACACACACAUAAUACUGACAUACACGAACAGCGCUCCAGCAGCUGCACAUCCAUAUAACAAAAUCGAUCACCAGGCACCCACAUACAUACAUAACCACCUCGUUUUUGUACACUGUCUUUGUGCACUGUUCCCCCUGUCUUGCGCCUGCAUGCAAUCAACGUAUCUGGACACGAGAAAAAGGCGCCGCACGACUAAAGCCUUGACACUAAAGCGGUGAUGUGAAAAACUCGAGUGGUACAUCGGCCAUCCCCAGUAAAGCACUACACACAUGCUUGUGCACUGAUAUGCAGCUGCGGUCCUUUCGACCACACUUAAGUAGACCUGAGGGGUCUGUCUUCACUCAGAUGCGACGGCGGAAGAGCCUCGUGGCUGGCAGCCGCGGCAACCUCGGGCAGCUGAGUUACACAGAGGCGCCAUUGCGUGACGAGGGACAGUGCAGACGAGACGUACAUGUGGUUCCUUACGAGAGGGUUUUGCAAGGCCUGCCAGUGCCUGGAAGUGCCAGCUGACGGUUCUGUGCCGAGCCUCCUGUGGCCGACGCCGAGGCACCUCUCCCAUUGUUGAAGACAGCAGGCUGCUCAUCCGUCACCAUGGAGCCUGACAAGCACGACAUACGUCCAUCCAGCGGCGGCCAAGCCUCCUUGUUCACCCACCUUCAAGUUGAGGAUCCUCGCUCAUUCUGCCCCCGGCCGGCAUCGAUGGCUCAUCUCGCGCUUGUUGACCGAGAGUCAAGGCAAAGGCCGUUGCGACGAGCAACAAAACCAGGAUGCGCAGCGCCAUGAAAAUGCAGGGAUGUGCGGGCAGGUC